UUACAGGAAAGGAUACACUUUAGACUAGUUUGUGCGAAUGCUGUUCUGUGAAGGGGUGUUUAACGCUUGUACUUAGUGAAGUUAGGGAAGUGGAUUUUGUAGCCUUUUUUGAGCACAGUCCAGAAUGAUUCAGACCUUGCGAAAUUUCCGACAGAUUUCCACUACCACAGUGACUGGUGUCAUGAAGCAACUUUGUUCAGAGCUCUCUGUGCCCGUGCCCUGGGGAGAAAUAAGGGGCAGAAUUUGGGGUCCUAAUGAGGGCCGUCCAGUGCUGUGCCUGCAUGGCUGGGCUGACAACGCAGGGUCCUUCAACACUCUCAUUCCACUGCUGCCCACAGAGUGGAAGUUCAUAGCAGUGGACACAGUUGGCCAUGGGUUCUCUUCCCACAGACCAGAGGGCAUGUUCUACACCUUCCCUGCCUACCUCUCUGAUGUGCGGCGUGUUAUAGAAGCUCUGCAGUGGAAGCGCUUCUCAAUAAUUGGGCACAGUAUGGGAGGAAACAUUGCUGCACAGUUUUGCGCAUUGUAUCCAGAGAUGGUCGAAUCAGUUGUGUUACUGGAUUCUGUUGGUUUUCAGCCCACUGAUAUGAAACGUAUACCUGAAUUGAUCAGAAAGGGGGUUGAGGAGAUGAUUGAGUAUGAAAAAAAGAAAGAUGAGAAGACAAACCGUGUUUACACAUACGAGAAAGCUGUGGAAAGGUUGAUGGUAGCAAAUCCAUCCCUUUCUGAGCAAUCGGCUCACAUUCUUCUCGAGAGAGGGAGCACACGAGUGGAAGGAGGUGUGGUUUUCAACCGAGAUUUUAGGAUCAAUUUGACAAACAUUAUUCGGACCAGUCCUGAGCAGUGUUUGGAGCUGCAGUCCAGGAUACAGACCAGAGUUCUAGUUUUACUAGCGGAGGGUGGGAUUAUAACCAAUUUCAAUAAGCCAGAGGAGGAAAGAAAUAUCUCAGCUUUGUUGGAUGGCUUUUCAGGCAGAGGGGCCACUGUGGUUACAGUGCCAGGGGACCACUACGUCCAUCUGAACAGCCCAGAAACUGUGGCCAGCAUUGUCACAGACUUCCUGAAGGUGGAGCCUGCUUUGCAGGCCGACAGCAGCACCGUGGAUGUGCAGCCUGCCAAACUGUGACUCUUGGGAUGUUGGUUGCUCUCGCACACUUUGCUUAACUCCUCUCUCUCUCUCUCUCUCUCACUGACAGUAUCGCUGUACCACUAUUGGAAUGUCAAACAUUUAACACUGACUUUCAGUCUUUAGGGCAUUUUUGUAGCAAGCACUCAAUUUAACAAAAUAUACAGUACCUGGAAAAAUAUUUGACUUUAUGUUAAGUCACAAUAGCUAUGAAUGUUCCAUGCCAACAUAACAUGAAAUAUAUCAUAGUGUUAAUAUAUAUUUGCUGGUAUUUAUAGGUCAUUUGAUCGGUGGUUAUCAUAGGGCUUGAAAAUUUACAGAAAUGUGUGCAUUUUAUCAGCAUUUUAUCAGUAAAAAUUGUACU